AUGACAUCGACAUUUAAUACAACAAAACCUCAUUUAUCACCUACUCAUUUAGCAUUAACAUCUCCACCAAUAUUACCAAGAAAACAUUGGGCACAAACUUGUCAUGAAACAAUAUUAGUAUCAAAUGAUAAUAAUUAUACAAUUCAACUUCCUUUAGCAGGUGGUUCUGAUAAUGGACAAUUUGUUUAUUUUAAUGAUUCUAUAUCAUUAUUAAAAAAUAAUACAUCAACAAAUAUAAUAAAAGGUGGUAAAAUUGAUUUUGAUGAAAUAAUUCUCGAAAUUGAUCAAUAUCAUAUUGCUGGUUAUACAUUAGUUGAUGUUCAAUUACUUAUUGAAACACUUUCUACUAAUGGAAAGCCAAUUAAAUUAAAAACUGUUCAAUCAGGAAAUACAACAACGAAUAAUAAUUCUGUAUUCGAUGAAUUACAAGGCUUAACCAAAGAUCUUCGUCAAUUUCUUGAUGGACGUUUUGAAAAGAAUUCAAUUGAUCAUGGUCUUCAACAAACUAUACGUGAUAAUCUUUACAUGAGAACAGUGCCUUGCACCACACGUCCACCACGACCAGGUGAAAUAAAUGGACAAGAUUAUACAUUUUUAAGUGUAAAAGAUUUUCAUGCAUUAGAGAAAAGUGGCAAAUUACUUGAAAGUGGAGUAUAUAAAGGACAUUACUACGGAACACCACGUCCAACAAAAGAAGCGCUUAUAACAAAUACUAAUAUUGUACGACGAAGUAAUUCAGCUAAUCAAAUGUUUCAACAUAAUGAUCCAGAAUUUUUUAAUAAUCAAUAUUUAAAUGAAAAUAUAUCUAAACAUUUAUCUGGUGAAUUCAUAAAAUGUUUAUUAAAAAAAAGUCAACAUGGUUUUGGUUUUACAAUAAUUGAUGGUCAUGAAAAUGGUGAACAAUUUCUUCAAAUAAAAGAUAUUAUACCUGAUGGACCAGCAGCUAAAGAUGGCAAACUUCAACGAGGUGAUAUACUCAUUUAUAUAAAUGAUACAAAUGUUUUGGGUUAUAGUCAUACAGAUGUUGUUAAAUUAUUUCAAUCAUUAUCAAUAGGUGAUAUUAUACAUUUAACUGUUUGUCGUGGUUAUCCACUUACAGUUAAUAUUAAUGAUCCACAAAUUGAUAUUGUUUCAGUAAAUGGUAUUCAUCAAUUACCUAAUGGUGGUUAUAGAGAAUAUCAACCAGAAAAUCAUACAAAUAUAUAUACAAUUAAAAUUCGAAAAGGUAAUCAAGGUUUUGGUUUUACUGUUGUUGAUAGUCCAUUAGGACAACGAGUUAAAUCUAUUUUUGAUAAACAACGUUGUCAAAAUUUAUGUGAAAAUGAUUUAUUAUUAUCAAUUAAUGGACAUGAUUUAAUCGGAAAACAACAUGCAGAUAUUGUUGAUAUACUUCAAAAAUGUGUAAAAGAUAUGGAAACAACAUUUGUUGUUCGAAGAGGUGAUCCAGAUGUUAAUAAUAAUCCAUUGGCGAUAAAUGUUAACAAUUAUUUAGAUAAAAAUAUUCAGCCUAAUAAUCGAUCAAUCAUCACCGAAAAGCAUGUUUCAUUUUUAACAAACAAUAAAGAGAAUAAGGAAAAUGAUGAAAUAGAUAUUCGUUAUCUUCCAUCAAAAAUAAAUGAAAAACCUCGUAGUAAAACUCCGACACCAUAUAGUACUGCACCAUUAUCUGAGAUACCUCCACUGCGUUCUCGAACUCCAUUACCAAGCAAAACAACGACAUUAACAACAAAUAAUAAUAUAAAUUUUUCUAUUCCAAAUACUAUUGAAAGAUCAGCACCAAUAGCUCAAACAGAAUUUUCUUCUGAUCCAAUUUAUUCAUUUAAUCAACCAACAACUUUAUCACAUAAUACACGACCCACUAAUGUGCUAUUAUCACGUAGUAAAACUCCUGGACCUGAAUUUGGUGCAACAACAUCAUCAUCCUAUCGUGCUAAUACAAUGAAACCAAGAAGUAAAACACCAACGGCUUAUGAAUUUUCUUCUAAUACUUUACCAAAUAGUCGAUCAUUACAAUCAGUUCAUCCACAAUAUACUGAAUUAGUUGUUAAUUUAACAAUUUUACGUUUAACUGAUGGUUUUGGUUUACGAAUAUUAGGUGGUGAAGAAGAAAAAUCUCAAGUAUGUAUUGGUCAUAUUGUUCCUAAUUCACCAGCAGAUAUUGAUGGCCGUCUUCAUAUUGGUGAUGAAAUAAUAAAAAUCGAUGGUCAUUCAACAAUACGUGCUUCGCAUGAAAAAGUUGUUCAACUUAUGCAACGAGCAAAAGAAAAUAAACAUGUUUGUUUAAUUGUACGUCGUCAUACAAAUUUAAAUACUAGAAGUAAUUCUUAUCAUCAAACAAAUCUCGAUUCAUAUCCAGUAUAUCCUGAUAAUUCUCAUAUAAAAUCACCAGUAGUAGAUAAUGGUGUACAUUAUGUAACAUUACAAAAAACAAAUGAAAAUGAAAGUUUUGGUUUUGUAAUUAUUUCAUCACAAAAUAAAGCUGGUACUAUUGUUGAUGUCAAUCGAGAGAAUCUACGGGAACAAAUGGAAAACAAUAAUAUUUACAAAACUUGGAUAGGUAAAAUUAUUCGUAAUAGUCCUGCUGAUCAUUGUGGUCAACUUCAUAUAAAUGAUCGUAUAUUAGCUGUUAAUGGUGUUGAUUUAUCUCAUAUGGUUCAUACAGAUGUUGUUAAUUUAAUCAAAGAAUCUGGUCGAACUAUAACACUUACAAUCGGACCACCGAUUCAUUAUGAUGGACAACCUUUUGAAAUUCAACAUUUAUCAAAUAAUAUUCCAUCAUCAUCCCCAAUGGUUAUUUCUAAUGAAAAUAAUCAAACAUUAAGGAAUGCAUUUUCACAUAAUCCACUUAAUGUACCAGAAAGAAAUAAAAAUCGACCUUCAUCGAAAGUAAAUGGUAUAUUAAAAUCUUCGACAUUAUCUGAUGAUUAUUUUAUUGUUAAUCUUCAACGACCAUCUACAAAUUCAAGUUUUGGUUUUAGUAUACGUGGUGGUCGAGAAUUUUCAGUUCCAUUAUUUAUAUUAAAAUUAGCUGAAAAUGGUCUAGCUGAACGUGAUGGUCGAAUGAAAUCUGGAGAUCAAAUUAUUGAAAUAAAUGGUCGUUCAACCUAUGGAAUGACACAUAAUGAAGCGAUCUCAUUAAUUCGUGAUGGUGGUUUAUAUGUUCGUUUAUUAUUACGAAAAACCAAUGCACCACCACCAAGUCUUGAUGAUGUCAAAGUAGCAAUGGGAAAUGGAAUGGAAUUUAUAAAUACUCAUUGGAAACCAAGUGGUUAUACAUAA